AUGUUAAAAAGACGACAACAGGCUCAAAAUGGAGGCACUUCUAAGCCCCAGGUCACCAAAGAGGCGGUGGCGUUCAGGGAUGUGGCUGUGGUCUUCACGGAGGAGGAGUUGGGGCUGCUGGAUGCUGCCCAGAGGGAGCUGUACCGAGACGUGAUGCUGGAGAACUUCAGGAACCUGCUCUCCGUGGGGCAUCAACCAUUCACACAAGACAUGUUCCACUUUGUAAGGGAAGAAAAGUUUUGGGUGAUGAAGAUAGCACCCCAAAGAAAAGAGAGUUCAGGUAAGAUCAGACAUGAGAUGGAGGCUGUUCCAGAAGCAGAACCACAUGAAGAACUUUCCUGCUGGAACAUUGGGCAACAAAUUGCAAGUGACUUAACCAGGUCUCAAGACUCCAUGAUAAAGAGUUCUCAAUUCUACAAACAAGGAGAUUCACCUGGCCAGAUUGGAGCUGCACUGUCUCUAAUUCACACAGGCCAGAAACCUUACCAGGGAAAUGAGUGUAAAAAAUUCUUCAAUGAUUUCUCCAAUUUUGAUCUUCAUAAACAGUUAAACUCAGGAGAGAAGUCUCAUACAUGUCAUGAGUGUGGAAAAAGCUUCUUUUAUAACUCAGCACUUCAUAUUCAUCAGAGAGUUCACAUGGGAGAAAAACGCCAUAAGUGUGGUGAGUGUGGUAAAGAAUUCAGUCAGAGCUCACGUCUGCAAAUUCAUCAGAAAGUCCACACCGUAGAGAAACCAUUCAAAUGUGAGCAGUGUGGGAAAGGCUUCAGUCGUAGACCAACACUUACUGUUCAUUGCAAGUUACACUUGGGAGAGAAACCUUAUAAGUGUGAGGAAUGUGGGAGGGCCUUCAUUCACGCUUACCAUCUUCAGGACCACCAGAGAGUCCACACUGGGGAAAAACCAUUCAAAUGCGAUAUAUGUGGCAAGAACUUUCGUCGUAGAUCAGCACUUAAUAGUCAUUGUGUGGUCCACACGGGAGAAAAACCGUACAAAUGUGGGGAGUGUGGGAAGUGCUUCACUUGGAGCUCAGGUCUUCAUAUUCAUAAGAAGGUCCACAUGGGACAGAAACUGUACAGAUGUGAGGAGUGUGGAAAGAGCUUCUUUUCUAGGGCAAAUCUUUAUUGCCAUCAGAGGGUCCACACAGAAGAGAAACCCUAUAAUUGUAAGGAAUGUGGGAAGAGCUUCAGAUGGGCCUCACAUCUUUUGACACAUGAGCGAGUCCACAGUGGAGAAAAGCCAUUCAAAUGUGAAGAGUGUGGGAAGAGAUUUGGUCAGAGAGCACACCUGCAAGCUCAUCAAAAAGUCCACACCGGAGAAAAACCAUACAGAUGUGAGGAGUGUGGGAUGGGCUACAAGACGAGCUUGGAUCUUGACAUACACCAGAGUGUCCACACAGGAGAGAAACCCUAUAUGUGUAGGGAGUGUGGUAAGCACCUCAGUAAGGCCUCAAAUCUUAAACUUCAUCAGCGAGUCCACACUGGAGAGAAGCCAUACAAGUGUGAUGUGUGUGGUAAGGUCUUCAGUCAGUGUGCACAUCUACAGUCUCAUCAGAGAGUUCACACAGGAGAGAAACCUUACAAAUGUGGGAUGUGUGGUAAGAGCUUCAGUUCAAGUUCCUAUCUUAAAAUUCAUCACAGAAUCCAUGUUCGUGAUCAAUUUCAUCCAGCCUCACAGGGGGGAAAACAUUUGUUUCAUUAAAGGGAGUGUUUCACCUAUAGCUCAGCAUAUCCCAGUGAUCCCAAGACUACACCAGUGGUGCAGUAAGGGCUUCAGUCAGAACCUUGAUAAUUAUAGUUAUCACUCAAGAGGCCUUAGAAAUAAUAAUUUGUUCAGGCACUUAUAAAACUCUAAUGAUGGGUGUUAAAACUGAUGUCCACUAGAAUGUAAGCUCCCGGAGGGCAGGGAGUUUGUUUGCUGUUGAAUCUACAUAAUGUUGCUC